AUGCUAUCUAAAAAGGCAUUAAUUUACGUUCUAGUCUAUAGGAAUCCAGAAGAAAAUAUUGAAGAGAAAUUUCCCACACCCGCUAAUGAAUGUAUUCACAUUAUCAUCAAUGUAUCUGCUAUUCCUGCUACUACUAAUGAAAUUAUUAUUAGACUUGAUAAGAUUGAUAAGAAUGUUAAAGAUAUAAAGAGAGAAAAAUCUUCAGUACAGAUAUCAGCUGUAACCGAUAGAAAUUGGAUGAAGAUUCAAGAAUUUACUGAUCUUGAUUACCAAGCAACAACACGUGAAAAAGAAUUUACAAACCUUGAUUUAAAUUUGGAAAAUGAAAGAAUUGAUGUUUUCAGAUAG